AUGAAAUACCAUGAGGCCCUUCCACCUCCAAGCAGUAAGAACCGAAGUAGCUACCCGGAGCGUUUAGUGACGAAGGAGGCUCCCACCCAGCGAACAGGAAGCAGCAAGCUCCGCACCCAACCCGGAUUAAGCGCCACCUGCUCCUCUGCACACCAGACAGCAGCGCCUGAAGCCAACCUCCGAGCUACCGGGGGAGGUGGAGAAAGUUCCCUCAACUCCCCUUCCCCCCUCCCCGCAAACUUCCGGGCCCGGCUCGCAGGGAGCUGCGUUGAGCGAAAGUUCCCUCCCCCCCCGCGCCCGGACUUCCUAGGCCGCUGGAACUUUCCAGCCUCCUCCGCACUCGAGGUUCGGCCCCUCCCCAUAGAGAACAGGAGGCACGGGGUGGGGGGCAGGCGCGCUGGAAGGAGCAACAGGGCCUUUUCCCAGGGCUGGAGGCCUCACAGGCCUAGGGAGCCGGGGAGCCGCCCCGGUCUCUCCCUGCCGCUCGGUACCUACCUCAGUCUCACCCAGGGAGGAAGGAGGCGGCGGGGGACCCCUCUCCUGCUCUCGGCACUUUCCGAACUCGCCCCCGAGAACGCGGCUACCUGGGCUUCCUCGGCCCCGAGUCUCCGCCCGCGGACACGCUCGCCAACGCGACUCCUCCGCGUCCCUCCCCCCCCGCGGAGCCUCCCUCGCCGGGGUGGGGGGUGGGCGCUGGCGCUAGGACCCCCGGCGCCGCCUCCUCCGGCGCCGCUUUCUCCGCACCAGGAUUAUCGCUUCUCUUUGAACAGGGCCCUGGACCAUCUCUCCGCCAUUUGCCCCCCGCUCCUUCCGUCACUGCGCUUCCCACACUCGGCCGCCUCCCCGCAGCCAAUCACAUCUCGCCUUACUCAACCGACCCGCACGCCGCGGCGCAUGCGCCCCGAAAGGGCGCUGGGACGUCACAGCGCACGCGCGCUCGGGGCAUGCUGGGACCUGUAGUUUUAUAGAUUGCUGGCUGUAGGACCAAGUCAGUGCCACAACCAAACCAACCUGGAAGGUCCAGAGAUGUAACCCGACUGAGUAGAAACUAUCCUAAAGCCAGACUGGGUGCAGCAGCGAUGCCAAGAGUGGAAGCUUUACUCUCAAAAUUUUAUCUGUGGCCUCUAAGGAUCAGCUCUCUGCUCCAUUUCGUCUUUGGCCUCUCUGCUGAAACUUUCAACCUGGGUACCAAUGGACAUGAAGGUUUUGGGUUGCGGUUUGUUUUGUUUUUAAUAUGUAAACACCUGACAAUUGUGUGUUUAGAUUGGUCAGUGGUUCUCAACCAGCGGUCCGGUGCCCCCUGGGGGGCCAUGAGCAGGUUUCGGAUGGCCGCCAACCAGGGCCAGCAUUACACUUGCUGGGGCCUACAGUAGAAAGCCAAAGCCUCACCACAUGGGGCUGAAGCCCAGGGCCUUGAGCCCCGCCACCCGGGGCCGGAGCCGAAGCAUGAACAGUGUAGCUUCGUGGGGCCUCUGUGGCAUGGGGUUCCAGGCAACUGCCCUACUUGCUACCCCCUAAUGCUAGCCCUGGCUUUUAUACACAGAAAACCAGUAGAUUUGUAAACUUGUUAAAACUUCCUAAACAAAGAUAUAGAUUUUUUUAAAAAAAAAAUCAGUGAUUUGGAAGGCCGGAGGUUCUGGUUCUUAAUUUUUUCUAGUGUAUCUUCUAUAUCUUGAUAUACAAAGUUGCCCAGAUGUUUCCCUAUAAAAUAAAGGGGCAACUGGCUUGAAAUUUGUGUUUUUUGGGUAAUAAUAACAGGUUUCAGAGUAGCAGCCGUGUUAGUCUAUAUUCGCAAAAAAGAAAAGGACUACUUGUGGCACCUUA